AUGCCUUUCCAUAUCCCUACCAUCGAUAUUGCGCCGUUCCUGGCGGAUCCCACGUCCGAGGCCUCCGCCCAGGUCGUCGCCGACGUACGCACCGCCUGCAUGGCCACCGGCUUCUUCUCCCUCGUCGGCCAUAAUGUGCCCCGCGACCUGCAGCAGAGACUUCUCGCCGCUUCGGCCAAGUUGUUUGCCCUCCCGCUGGAGACAAAAAAGACACUGCGGCCGCCAAUCGGGUCGGCGCUGCUCAACCGCGGCUACGAACUCAUCGGCGCUCAAGUGCUGCAGGAAGGCGCCCUGCCCGACCUGAAAGAGGGUUUCUUUAUUGGCCAAGACAUUCCGUAUGGCGAUCCCCGCGCCCACAAGCACCCGCUCCUCAUGGGCGCCAAUGUCUUUCCCGCCGACGCCGAUAAUUUUGACGAGGCCACGUUGCGCGAGCCGGCCGAGGCAUACUACACGGCCGUCCUGCGGCUGGCGCGCACCGUACUCGCCGUUCUGGCCCGCGGCCUGCCCUACGGCGACGACGUAUUCGCCGAGUUCGUGGCCAAUGACCCGGUGUGCAACCUGCGCCUGCUGCACUACCCGCCACAGCGCAGCGAGGACGCCCGGCAGCUGGGUGCUGGCGCACACACCGACUUUGGCGCCGUGACGCUGCUCUACCAGGACGGAUCAGGCGGCCUCGAGGUACUCGACGCAGCGACGGGUGACUGGGUGGCGGUGGCGCCCAACGCGGAUGCGUACGUGGUCAACGUGGGCGACAUGCUGAGCCUCUGGACCAAGAACGUCUACAAGAGCAAUGUGCACCGGGUGAUCAACCGGGGCUCGACAGACCGCUACUCGAUUCCCUUUUUCGUCGACGGCAACCUCGACACAAAACUGGCUCCGUUGGACGGCAGUGCGCCGCUAGAUGGCGGCGAUGUGCUGACAGCAGAGCAGCACCUGCUGAAGCGGCUGGGCAAAAGCUACAGCAUAACGGUAUAG